AUGACUUUAACAAACGGCACAACCUCCAAAGUCCUCUCCCCUUCCAACCUAGCCCACAUCGUCAUCCGCACCUCCAACCUCCCCAAAAUGGUCUCAUACUACCAGAAUUUCCUCGGCGCUCAUACCGCCUAUGAGAACGAAAUGCUCGCCUUCCUGGCCUACGACGAUGAACACCAUCGGAUCGCUCUGCUCAACAUCCCUGGUUUGGAGAAGAACGAUGAGAAGCACUGCGGCCUCGAACACAUCGCCUUUAGCUUCGAUACUCUGCGGGAUCUCUGCACCGCAUACGAACAACGUCAAGCCCUAGGCAUUACGCCAGGGUGGUGUGUCAACCACGGCCCAACAACAUCCCUCUACUACCGCGACCCGGACGGCAAUCAAAUCGAAACUCAAGUCGACAACUUCGAGACUGCCGAGGAAGCCACUGCGUUCAUGAACAGUCCUGAAUUGCGGAGAAUUCUUUCGGUGUGGAUUUUGAUCCGGAGGAGCUUUGCGAACGUGUGGAAAGUGGGGAGGAUGAGAGGGUGA